UCGCUGGUAUAACUUUGCUACCAAGUCAGUUAGGUAGCUAGCCUUGUCCACUUCCUCUUUAUUAGCCAGUUAGCAUGUAUGCUAGCCAACUAAAAUAGUUUAAUCGACUAGCAUGUAUGCUAGCCACAAUCAAGCAAUGAAGUAGCUAGCUAGUUAGCUAAGUAAAGCCAGUUUGCUCUUUAUUUAGUCAUUAUGGGGCUAUUGGAAAAUGUACUUAAAUUAGCCAAAGCAGCACCCUCUCUUAUCUUGACACUUGUUUUAGUUAGCUAUUAAACUUGAACUGGCUAGUUAGCUAAGUGGUUUAUGCACAGAGCAUUACCAGUAGCAAAUCCAAAUGUAACGAGAACUGUUUAAUCAGGCCACAUUUGAGAUUGGGUCAGAUGCAGGAAAUCAAUGACAUCUUUAAUUCCGACACCAUGGCAGAAGAGGAGCCUUACCUACCUCACCAACCGUACAACUUUGACAUAGAUCCACUAUGGGAUCCUCUGAAUUUCCCUCCCAUGUCACACUCCAACUCACUCCGGACAGUUACAGCAGAUGGACCCUACCUCCAAAUCAUUGAACAGCCUAAACAGCGGGGCUUCAGGUUUCGUUAUGGCUGUGAGGGACCUUCUCACGGCGGGCUACCAGGGGCCUCUAGUGAGAAGAACAGAAAGUCCUAUCCCAAUAUUAAGAUCUGUAACUACCAGGGGUUGGCACGUGUGGUGGUACAGCUGGUGACCAACUCUAAAGAUGCCCACCUCCAUGCCCACAGUCUGGUGGGCAAGCAGUGUGACAAGGGCAUCUGCAUCGCAGACCUACAGCCCAAAGACUCCAGCAUCAGUUUCCCCAACUUGGGCAUCCUCCACGUGACCAAGAAGAACGUGAGUAAGACACUGGAGGACCGUAUGUCUGAGGCCUACAGGAUGGGCUACAACUGUGGUAUCGUCAUCCAUCCCGAGAUGGACGCCUUCCAGGGAGAGUUCCGCAUCCCCCGAGAGCUCACUGAUCACCAGAGAAACCUGAUCAGCAGCGCAGCGUCCUACCAGGCUAAAGAGAUGGAUCUGAGUGUGGUGCGCCUCAUGUUCACAGCCUUCCUCCCAGACAGUGACGGGGGCUUCUCCCGUAGACUGGACCCCGUCAUAUCAGACCCCAUCUUCGACAGCAAAGCUCCAAAUGCGUCUAACCUGAAGAUAGUGCGGAUGGACCGAACAGCUGGCUGUGUGACAGGAGGAGAGGAGGUCUACCUGCUCUGUGACAAGGUUCAGAAAGAUGACAUCCAGGUGCGCUUCUAUGAGGAUGACGAGACGGGGCUGACAUGGGAGGCCUUUGGGGACUUCUCCCCCACCGAUGUCCACCGACAGUUUGCCAUUGUUUUCAAGACCCCCAAAUACAGAGACCUGAACCUCCAGAAACCCACCUCGGUGUUUGUGCAGCUGAAGCGUAAAUCGGACAAUGAGACGAGCGAGCCCAAGCCCUUCACCUACCACCCGCAGAUCAUAGAUAAGGAAGAGGUUCAGAGGAAGAGACAGAAGACCCUGCCUAACUUCCAGGACUACAGCGGCCACGGUGGAGCAGGGGGCCUGUACCGGGGACCAGGGGGGGGGGGUCCCGCUACAGGGGGAGGAGGAGGUUUCUUCCAGGGCUAUUCCACCUACAAUAAUUACGGCACCAGCUACAGCUCUGGCUUUUCCCCUGGCAUGAGUGGUGGCGGGGCGGGAAUUAAACAUGCUCCACAGGGCAGAGCGGAGGACAGUGGUGAUGACAGCGACAUGGAUGAUGACCCGGCCUCGGGGGCAGUGGUGGGGGUCCGAGCCAAGUCAGAGGACGCCUCUGCUGGGGAGACGAGUGAGGAGAGAGGGGCCGGUGUGGAGCUAGGACCAGGGGACAGGACUGGAGAGUGUGUGCUGGAGGCCAGGCUGGUGGAUGUUGCUGAGAGGCAGGUUGAAGCCCUCUUCCAGUACGCCGUCACUGGUGACGUCAGCUACCUGCUGGCUCCACAGCGCCAGCUCAUGACUGCUCAGGACGAGAACGGUGACACUGGUCUCCAUCUGGGAGUGAUCCACAGCCAGACAGAUGCAGUCAGGAGUCUAGCCCAGGUGCUCUCUGCCCUGCCUGGAGAGGAGGUCCUCAACAUGAGGAACAACCUCUACCAGAACCCCAUAUUUGUCCCUCUAUACCAGACUCCUUUGCACCUAGCGGUGAUAACACAGCAGAAGGCGGUAGCUGAGGCCCUCUUAUUGGCUGGGGCUGAUGUCACUCUGUCUGAUCGCCACGGAAACACAGCUCUUCACCUGGCCGCCCAGCAGAAGGAGGGAGGUAUGGUGGGAUUUCUACUGAAACGCAGAGAGAUGGUGGAACUAGUGGACCUCCCCAACGCAGCAGGACUGUGCUCCCUCCACCUGGCUGUGCUGGCCAACAGCCUGUGUUCCCUCAGGGACCUCCUGGUGAGCGGGGGCAGUGUGGAGGUCCAGGAGAGGAGCUGCGGCCGCACGGCGCUCCAUCUGGCCACUGAGCUGGACAACGUCUCCCUGGCAGGCUGCCUGCUACUGGAGGGGGAUGCUAAUGUGGACUGCUGCACCUACAACGGUUCCAGCCCUCUCCAUACAGCCACAGGGCGGGGCUCUGUCAAGCUGACCGCUCUCCUCAUGGCUGCAGGUGCCGAUCCUCACAAAGAAAACUUUGAGCCCCUGUUCUUCAGAGAGCAUGACUGCUGUGUGGAUGAGGAAGAGGAGGAUGAAGGCUACAUCCCAGGGACAACUCCGCUCAACAUGGCUGCCACUCCUGAGGUGUUGGAAAUCCUGAAUGGAAAAGAGUACAAGCCAGAGAUCAACACCUCCGUCUUCGUCCCCCCUCAAGGUGACAUGCAGAGCCUGGGCUCAGACACAAAGCGGGCACUAUGCCAGGCCCUGGAGUGCCCGGAGGGUGGCUGGGAGAGCCUGGCACACAUACUGGGCUUGGGCAUCCUCAACAGCGCCUUCAGACUCAGCUCCUCCCCCGCAAGCACGCUGCUGGACAGCUACGAGGUGUCUGGAGGAAAGGUCAAGGACCUUUUGGAGGGACUCAGGACUGUAGGGAACUGCUCUGCUUUGACAGUACUGGAGGGGGCACUGUGUGAAACAGAACAGGCUCCACCAGCUACCCAAAGCACCACAAAACUCUUAGAACGUGUGUGUGAUCUGAAGCUGGACGGAUGGGAGGACAGCGGAGUGUGUGACAGUGGGGUGGAGCUCUCCACAGCGUGACCGCCAGAUUGGUCCAUUACAUAUCAUGGCCCUGGCCAUGUCAGGAUUUCAUGAAGCUUCUGCUUCCUGUAAGCAGGCUAUAGACAAUUUCCCUCUGAAAGGGACGAAUCCUACAAGCACACCUCACACAUCAUGCUAAAUAUCCUCACUUUUCUAUUUGGCCCAGUAACGUUUUGAAAGUGGUUUUGUAUACGUAAAUAUAAUAUGCAGGUUAUGUUUGGAUAAUGUUUGCAUAAGAAGUAAUCUAUUUGAAAUGUGAUGUUUGUAUAAACAUCAUGAAUGGGUUUUAUUUGGGGAAAAGGGGUUUCCAAGGUAACAGCAUGUAGUAUAAAUCCUUGAAACUAAUAAUAAUUUAUGAAAAAUUAAUGGACAAUUAUUAGAUUAAAAUAUGAUCUGAUAUUUUCUGCUCCCACUACAGUUACUUUAGUCAUAGUCAAACAAGCAGCCAAUUCUAAUAACACAUUUUUUGAAUGACCCUCCGGACUUUGGCAAAGACCGUCUGGCCCCAGGGCAAAAUGAUUUAUAGGGCAAGGAACCCAUACAGAAUGGAUUUUAACUGUAAGCUGCUUUGGAUAAAAGCUGAUAAAUUAUAUGAAAUUAAAAUUGCCCCCAUAUACAGCAGUAGUAUGCUGCCAAAAGGAUAGCUCAUUGUUAUGAAUCUCCCACUCAUAAAAAGUGAUUCCGUAGCUGUGGAAAUAUCACGUGGAUAUGCUAAACAUGGAUAGAAUGGUUUGUAUUGGAACCAAGCAACCAUUAACACCUCCCUCCUGCAAUGUUUUUGUAUCGUGUACAAUGUCAAAUUGAAUUUCCUAUGGAAGUGGUGCUACCAGUCAUUUAUAAGUAUAAUGGAUUAUCCUCCACUAUGCAUGUCUGUUAGAGCACAAUCCUCAUCCUGGACUACAGUACAGAAACCACUUUUGGAUAGCUUUUAGUUCCUUUCUGUGUAGACAUGCUUUUCAUCAUACCAGAAUUUUAAACUGAGGUUUUCUCCAUUUGUAUUGAGUUGGGGGGGGUAAACUCAGUUUUGGAAGCCAUUUGUUUCUGGUUUUGUAGGUCCAAUUCUUUGAUCGCAUAAUCAGGUUGAGUUCUGCGUGAAGAUGUGUUGGAGAACGGUGCCUUAUUUUGUAAUGAAGUAUUCAGCAUCCCCAGUGAUAUUUCAUGUUAACAGCAGAUUGAAAGGCAUUUGUUUCAUACAAGUUUGAAGCCAUUCCAACAUCUUCCUGAUAACACUGGCAUUUUUAGACAUUAAAAUGUGUAUCUGUCCCAUGCAAAAGUUUGGAUUGGCACUGCAUCACUGUGUGGGGCUUCAAUAUUUAUACCUGUACCAUGUAAAACAGCUUUGUACAGUCAAUGUUUGCUUUUAAUGGGUUUCAUUGUAAUACUUUUUUAAUAAAAUUGGUAAUGGUGUGCAA